AUGAGAAGACCUAAUGACACCAUCCCUCACCCUGCAGGAUUCAUUCUAGUGGGUUUUUCUGAAUGGCCUAGGCUAGAGAUGGUCCUCUUUGUGGCCAUCUCUAUCUUCUACAUAAUGACUCUUCUUGGGAACACAGCUAUCAUAAUCCUCUCCUACCUUGAUCCACGACUCCACACCCCUAUGUACUUCUUUCUGGCCAAUCUCUCCUUCUUAGACCUCUGCUACACUACUAGCACUGUCCCACAGAUGCUGGUGAACAUCCAGAGCAAAGAAAGGAGCAUAACCUUUGUUGGAUGUGUUGCUCAGCUUUUAAUUUUUCUUGGUCUGGGUUCUACUGAAUGUGUACUCCUUUCAAUCAUGGCCUUUGACCGCUAUGUUGCCAUCUGCCAGCCACUGCGCUACACUGUUAUUAUGCAUUCACGGUUAUGUCAUCAGCUUGCAAUAGUAGCCUGGGUUACAGGCUUCAGCAAUUCCCUCAUACAGACAGUGUUGACUCUUCAGCUUCCCCGCUGCGGGCAUUAUCGAUUAGAGAAUUUUUUCUGUGAGGUACCUGCUAUGCUUUUAUUGUCCUGUGCAGACACUUGGGUCAAUGAGGUAGAAAUGUAUGCAGCUGUGGUAGUCAUAAAAGUCAUCCCAGUAGGGCUGAUCCUCUUUUCUUAUGCUAACAUUGCCUGGGCAGUGUUGAAGAUUCAAUCCUCUGAGGGUCGGAAGAAAGCAUUCAAUACCUGUGGGUCUCAUUUGCUGGUGGUUAUUAUGUUCUAUGGUUCAGCCAUCAGUGGCUAUGCCUACAUGGCCCCCAAAAGUAAAUCAGCUAAGCUGAAAGGGAAACUUCUUGCCCUCUUUUAUGGACUCAUAACCCCCAUGCUCAACCCACUCAUUUAUACUCUGAGAAACAAGGAUGUGAAAGCUGCAACAAAGAGGUUACUGGGGAGAGAGCAAGAACAUGGGUGGAGUAUGACUUAA